GCUCAGAGUGUCCUCCCUGACAUGAAUUAUCUGGUCACCCUACUCUCCAGGAAAAAAGCAGGGAUAUCCAAGGAAAGACCCCAGAAAAAUGAAGUAGGCUCUCUAGCGAAGAUCAUGGCGGCCGCCUUGAGUGCAGUUUCUGAUGUAGAAAUUGACCCCGAUGGGGUUUUUAAAUACAUAUUACUGAAGGUGAAAGUCAAAGAUGGAUCAGAACAAAAAGACAUAGUGAGAGGCACGAAGAGUGCCGAAUAUCACAAUCACAUAUUUGAAAAGGUCAAUCCAGAGAUGGAGGAUGCAGGGCUGGACUGUACCUGCCUAGGGGGAGGGAAGAUCGAACACAACUCCAAAGAGAAAAAACUCCGAGUAUUUGGCAUGUCUACUGGUUAUGGCAAGGCGGAUCAUUCUAUAACCGUCGAGAAGCUGAAGGUGGCCUAUAAAGAUUAUGAAAUCACCUGGUCAGAUGAUAAAAAGUAGAUGGUGUAAUAUAGUUUACAAAUACAUGGUAUGGAAGUUGCCAGAAAUGCAUUGAAAGUCGCAGUUAAUUGCUUAGAUGCCAGCUGACAAAAAUCAUAAUUAUUUUAUUUUUAUUUUUAUUUUUUUUGGGGGGGGGAUCAUUUCUGCAAAAUGGUGAAAACCCUAUCCGCAUUACAGAAAACAUUUUCAUUUUUAUUUUAUUUCUCAUAUUAAUUAACAUUCGCUUUAUUUAUUAUAAAUCUUUCCUACGUGUGUGUGUAUGCAAUAUGUAUCAUGUUAGGAAUGUGCUCAACAUUUGAAAACUUGACACUUCGAUCCCUACCUUAUCAGGUUUUCUCCUUCAUAUAAAUUACAUAUGUACAGUGGCAUCUGGGUUAUCUUUGAAAAAACAUGGAAGCCAGAAUGGCCACACGUCAGUCUCAACUUUCAGAGAAGUUUUAUAGGCAUUUAAUUUCUGUUUCUAAAACCAUUCUGGAUAUUUUCUUGUAGAAGAGCAGAAGUCCCAUCAUUUGUUCAUAUAUGUGCAUCAAAUAAAAACAUUUGGCCAUUCAAA